AUGGGAGAAGCAGGGGAGGAAGAAUCCGCGGCCGCGCCGGCGGAGGUGAGCCGUCAAGCGGAGCUGGAUGAGCAGCGGUGCCUGGCGGAGGCGCUGGACGCCAUCAGUUCGUUGGUCUCUGCUUCUUUGUCCGCGACGCUGUUCCCGCUCAAGUGGCAGCUCAUCAGGGACCGGCUCAACCGGCUCCACGCCGGCCUCGCCGACAUCACCGUCCCCGCGGGUGACGAGAACAGCGAGGACAGGUGCGAUGUGUUCGCGAACCUCCUGCGGGAUGUCGCGGCGGCCGCCCGGGAGGCACGGGAGCUGGUGCCGCGGAGCCAGGGGCGGCACUACGGCGGCGGCAAGCUGCGGCUGCGCAGCGACCUCGACGUCCUGUCCGCGGCGCUCGACGCGCACGUGGCGCGGCUGGACGAGGUGUACGCGUCGGGCGCGCUGACGCGGGCGCGGGCGCUGGUGGUGCCGCGCCCCGGCGCCGGGGCCACCCGCGACGACGUGCUGUUCUAUGUGCGCGACCUCUUCGCCAGGCUCAGGGUCGGCGGCGCCGAGAUGCGGAGGGAGGCCGCGGCCGCGCUCAGCGAGGCGCUGCGCGACGACGAGAAGUGCGUCCGCGUCGUGGCGUCCGACGUCGCGGACGGCGUCGGCGUCCUCGUCGCACUGCUCGAGUGCCCCGACGCCCGCGUCCACGAGGAGGCCCUGGAGGCGGUCUCGGUGAUUGCCGGGUCCGACGCGCACAGGGGAGACCUGGUCGUUGGCGGCGCCAUCGCGCCCGUGGUCCGUGUCCUCGACGCGGGCGCAGGCAGCGAGGCGGCCAAGGAGACGGCGGCGCGGGUGCUCUGCAAGCUCACCGAGAACUCGGACAACGCGUGGGCCGUCGCCGCGCGGCGGCGUCACGGCGCUGCUGGACCUGUGCACGGACCACGGAGCGAGCGGCGGCGAGCUCGUAGGGCCACGGACGACGCGGCGCGAAUCCAGGCGAUGGAGCUCCUCGCCGCCAUCGGCUCUGGGGAUAGCUCAGCCAGGGAGGCCGUGGUACAGGAAGGCGCCGUCGAGUCCCUCGUCCGCGCGCUCGAUCCCUCCUGCCAGCAGAUGCCCUCCUCCUCCUCCUCCUCGAAGGUGCGGGAGGUGGCCCUCCGUGCCAUCGACGCGCUCUGCCUGUCGCCGCCCACCUCCACGGACCGUCUCCUCGCCGCCGGGUUCCUGGACCGCGUCCUGUCCCUCCUCCGCAACGGCGACACCACACUGCAGCACUGCGCCCUGAAGGCUGCGCACCGCCUGUGCCAGGUAUCGGAGGAGAUCAAGAAGGCAAUGGGCGACGCCGGAUUCAUGCCGGAGCUUGUGGGCGUCCUCGGCGCGUCCAAGUCCCCCGAGGCGCGGGAGAUGGUGGCCGAGUCGCUCUGCGCCUUGGUGUCCGUGCACCGCAACCGGAAGCGGUUCGUGCAGGAGGACCGGGAUGUGGCGCGGGUGCUGCAGCUGCUGGGCCCCGACGAGGAGAAGCCCACGCCGGCGAAGCGGUUCCUGCUGUCGACGGUGAUGCACCUCACGGACAGCAGCUCCGGCCGGAGGAAGAUCAUGUCCUCGGAGCACGUUAGGAAUCUCGAGAAGCUUGCGGAGACCGAUGUCCCGGACGCCAAACGGAUCGUGAAGAGGCUUGGCGGGAGCAGGCUGAGGAGCAUUUUCCAUGGCAUUUGGAGCCUGUAA